AUGGCUGGCGGAAGAGGUAGAAGGAUUGGUGCCAAUAACUCAGCUGAUGAAAUUGCCCAUGCUAUUCACCGAUUGGUUGACGCCAUGCAGCCACAACAGGUGGUGCUACCACAGCCUGCACCACGACCUGUCAGCAUGGAUGAUUUCAUGAGGCACAAACCAGCCAAGUUCAAUGGCAAAGCCACUCCUGACGACGCAGAUGCGUGGAUCAGGGAGUGCGAAAAGAUAUUACGUGUACUAGGCUGCUCAGAUGAACAAAAACUUACCUAUGCCACCUUUCUCUUGGUGAGUGAUGCAGAAUAUUGGUGGGUUGGUAUGCAGCAGCAGAUGGGGACUAGGGAGGAGGAAGUGAACUGGGAGAAUUUCAAAAAGAGAUUUAUGGAAAAAUACUUUCCGGACAGUGCUAAGCAUGAGAGGGAGGUUGAGUUCUUGACUUUGCAACAGGGCAAUAUGACCGUGCAGGCUUAUGUUAACAGAUUUGAGUAUCUGGCGAGGUUUUACACCCAGAAUAUCACCGAGGAAUGGCGCUGUCGGAAAUUUGAGAGGGGUCUGCGACAUGAAUUGCUCAGGGUUCUGGUGCCACUCAGGAUCAGAGAAUUUCCUCUUUUGGUGGAACAAGCAAAAAGUGUAGAACAAUUAGAGAUGGGGCCUAGCCGUGUGGCCAGACCGCAGAGGAAUGUUGCGGAGGCUAGACACCAGAAGAAACCUUAUAACCAACCUCAGACAUCGCCAUCAGGGUUGAAGUGUUUCCAGUGUGGGGGAGCACAUUUAAAAAGAGACUGCCCCAGACUUGCUCGUAACGCGGGGAGUAGUGGAGGAGGGCGAAAAUGUUUUGUUUGUGAUCAACCCGGCCACUUUGCAGACAGGUGCCCUAAUAAAAAGACGGUCACAGAGUCACGACCACAGUUGCUUUCUACAGAGAGGCCAAGAGCAGCAGGGAGAGUAUUUGCGCUGACUAGCGCCGAGGCAAACCGAUCAGGUAAUCUUAUACAAGAUACGUGCGUAAUGAUGGGUCAGAAUGUAUGGGUACUUUUUGAUUCGGGAGCUUCACAUUCUUUUAUUUCCAAUAUAUGUGUGGGGAGGUUGGGAUUAGAGGUUCAUGACUUGGGGUGUGAGCUAGUGGUCUCGACACCGACGUCUGGGCAAGUUACAACCAGUACCAGUUGUGAUGGAUGCUCGAUUGAAGUGGCGGGCCGAAGGUUCAAGGUGAACCUCAUCUGUUUGCCGUUGGAGGACUUGGAUGUGAUAUUGGGGAUGGACUAG